CGUCUUCUCCGUCGCGUAGGCCGGGGAGGUGAGUUCUCUAUGUACGCAUACGCCUGCCACGACCCAAAGCACUGUCCCACUGAGACCAUGUUCUCACUGUGUCCGUCGGUUUCUUCUUCUCCGCCUUCUUCCUUUGUACUAUACAUCUGUUGGUUUACAAGAGAGGCCCUGUCGGUUUUAGUUCAGAGGCUUUGAGCUGAGAAAUGGACGGGGGCUCAGUCUCCGCCGGUGAAGGGCAAGCACCCACCUCGUGGGAGGAGCUCUACAACAUCAAUCUGAUUCCGUCGGAGCUGUUCCUCAAGUUCCGGAAAGAGGUUCAGGGGAUUCGGGUCGGUCUUAAUCUGGAGUUCUAUAAUGCUCCGACGAAUGAUUUCCGGGCAAACAUUGUGCUUAAGCCUCUGUCCCCGGAGCGGAGGUGGAAGUUCAUGUACGAGCCUGUACAUCAGGACAUCCGUCUCCUUUCGAAAAAGAUCCCUGUAACCAGGUUCUUGAAUCUUCAGGUUGGCAUCGGCCAUAAUUUCCGAAUGAAUGCCAUUGGGUGGAAGUGGAAACUUGCAACAUGUUUAGGCGGUGAUGGCGUGUCUCGAAUUCGGAACAAAGCUUCUAUUGGGCUCUGCCCCGGCAUUGAUUUCCGUUUUGGGUGGAGGGCUGAUUAUGUUAUCCCAGAAAUCUCUGGGGGUCUAGGUUCUGAUGAACCGUUGUUCAACAUGAACUCUUUGCAAGCAUCACUGGACAGAGUUGAGGCGAUUUUUACCCAAUCUGAUGCAUACUGUUAAAGCCAAUAAGAAAGCAGGUGAGUAUAUUGGCUUAGUCAUUUUAAGUCGAAAUAUGAGUUGGUCACAUACAUAGGAUUUGGGAAUCCAGUGAGGACUGAAGGUGUGCUAGAUUGAAAUAAAAGUGUCUUUGUAUGAAGGGGUUUAUUAUGAGAUUUCAUAAUCUUCACCCAUCAGUGCGUAUGAUGUUGGACGGCAAUUUAUCGUUCCCUUCUAAAAGCUGACCUGGCCUAUCUGGACCAGAUGGAUAAUAGACUUUGGAUAUUUGCCAAUGGAGUCCCAUGUAAUUAAUGAUUGGAAUCCAUCGAUAUAGAGUUUCCCUGGUAAUGGCCUUAA